UUCCACAAUGGGUCUGGGGUGCCCAUUUUUUGUUUCCAGAGACUGAGGGGCAUAGAAAAAUAGCUAUUCUUCCGUGAUCCUGAUUAGAAGUCCUGGUUAAAUUUCAAUUUCACAUCCAAAGAAAGAAUGCAAGUUCAAAAUCCCGUAAAUUACAAACGCCACGAGAAGGGAUAGGAGGGGUGGUGCAUAGCCGAGAUUCCGAGAGGGACUGUGACUUGGUAGCGAGAACGCUUUAGAUUUCAGCGCGGGCUCAAUAACUAAAGUUUGUAAACAUGGCGCCUGGGAACGCGGAAUCACAACAAUGCUGACAUUUGCUAUUACAUUUUGACGCUAAUGCCGGACUUUGAUUGUCACAUGUUUACUGGAAUGGUUUCUUGAGAUGUUACUUUAAAUGAGGAACUCUGGAUUGUAGGAAUGGAGAUGGCCCAAGAUUUCCUUAUUGGAAGAGAUAUUGUUCUGGCAGAAUUAGAACCACUGAGUGAACUCCUAGACUCUCUGCCACAUAAGGUACAGUUUGGUCCCAAGAAUUUGAUGGGCCAUGUGUGGGAAAGAACCAAAGAACAUGGAGUAAAGAAUCUACUUCACGCUUUGAGAGGGAGAGCACAGGACAAUUUUAAAUCCUUGACCAUUGACUACACCUGUCUGGAUGUGUCAUUUGAUGCUAUUGUGCUUGGGACAAAUUUAGGAAUUAUCCUCCUUUAUGAUCGGACUUGUAGCAGGUUGUCAAGGCUGCCAUCAGAGGUCACUCACGAACAAGCCAAGUGUAUACGGCUGUUACCUGCCCACAGUUACACAGCUGUAGGCUUCAACAGUGGUUUGGUUACCAUCUUUACCUUUGUGCUGGCGUCACAAGGGUUUGGCAAGCCUCAGACCCUGCAUGUCAGUGGUGCACAUAACAGUCCAGUGACCUGCCUGGAAUGGUCCCCUGAUGGUGAACUGCUCUAUAGUGGGGAUGUUCUGGGCAAAGUUUAUGUCACUGUUAUUAAGUUCCGAGAGGGGUUGACCCAGACAGCCUUGGUGUUACAAGAACCAAGUCCUAUCAUCCAACUGUCGUAUUCAUGGGAAGCUCUGUUGAUUUCUUCUGAGAAAAGAACUGUUCUCUGGGAUUUCCAUGAUGAGAAGGCCACUCAGGUUGGACAGAAGGAAAGAAAAAGUCCUGGACGAUACGGUGCCUUAUUUUACCCCCCUACAAGAGGGACAUCCGACGAUAAGUUGAAGAUGUCACCAGACGUUUACACCUCCCGGCCAGGCCUCAGGUUAUGGACUGCUGAUAUCAACGGCAAGGUUUCCGCUACCCUGAUGUACAAGGGUUUGACCAAUGAAAACCCCCCGGGUAUUACGAUCUUAAACCCCCUUCCGCCCUGUUUCACGAGACUUCCCUCCGACUACCAAGCUCAGUUCGGUCCCCUGAGACUCUACCAUGGGCAGUUCUUUGUCACGUGGGAUGUGUCCCGCCUGUGGGUUCUUGACACGUCCCCCUGUGCCCUGGUUGGUUACCAUGACAACCUGGGUGACAUUGUGGAUGUCAGCACGGCUGGUCACGAGAUCUACGUUUUGCAGAGGGGAGGGGAGAGGCUAUUGAUGAAGUUGACUUUAAUUCCUAAACUGGCCAAUCCUUUGCUUGAUGAACUCUGGAUUGUAGGAAUGGAGAUGGCCCAAGAUUUCCUUAUUGGAAGAGAUAUUGUUCUGGCAGAAUUAGAACCACUGAGUGAACUCCUAGACUCUCUGCCACAUAAGGUACAGUUUGGUCCCAAGAAUUUGAUGGGCCAUGUGUGGGAAAGAACCAAAGAACAUGGAGUAAAGAAUCUACUUCACGCUUUGAGAGGGAGAGCACAGGACAAUUUUAAAUCCUUGACCAUUGACUACACCUGUCUGGAUGUGUCAUUUGAUGCUAUUGUGCUUGGGACAAAUUUAGGAAUUAUCCUCCUUUAUGAUCGGACUUGUAGCAGGUUGUCAAGGCUGCCAUCAGAGGUCACUCACGAACAAGCCAAGUGUAUACGGCUGUUACCUGCCCACAGUUACACAGCUGUAGGCUUCAACAGUGGUUUGGUUACCAUCUUUACCUUUGUGCUGGCGUCACAAGGGUUUGGCAAGCCUCAGACCCUGCAUGUCAGUGGUGCACAUAACAGUCCAGUGACCUGCCUGGAAUGGUCCCCUGAUGGUGAACUGCUCUAUAGUGGGGAUGUUCUGGGCAAAGUUUAUGUCACUGUUAUUAAGUUCCGAGAGGGGUUGACCCAGACAGCCUUGGUGUUACAAGAACCAAGUCCUAUCAUCCAACUGUCGUAUUCAUGGGAAGCUCUGUUGAUUUCUUCUGAGAAAAGAACUGUUCUCUGGGAUUUCCAUGAUGAGAAGGCCACUCAGGUUGGACAGAAGGAAAGAAAAAGUCCUGGACGAUACGGUGCCUUAUUUUACCCCCCUACAAGAGGGACAUCCGACGAUAAGUUGAAGAUGUCACCAGACGUUUACACCUCCCGGCCAGGCCUCAGGUUAUGGACUGCUGAUAUCAACGGCAAGGUUUCCGCUACCCUGAUGUACAAGGGUUUGACCAAUGAAAACCCCCCGGGUAUUACGAUCUUAAACCCCCUUCCGCCCUGUUUCACGAGACUUCCCUCCGACUACCAAGCUCAGUUCGGUCCCCUGAGACUCUACCAUGGGCAGUUCUUUGUCACGUGGGAUGUGUCCCGCCUGUGGGUUCUUGACACGUCCCCCUGUGCCCUGGUUGGUUACCAUGACAACCUGGGUGACAUUGUGGAUGUCAGCACGGCUGGUCACGAGAUCUACGUUUUGCAGAGGGGAGGGGAGAGGCUAUUGAUGAAGUUGACUUUAAUUCCUAAACUGGCCAAUCCUUUGCUUGAUGUUGUGGAGCUUAUGGAACGCAGUUUUAAAAGUGAAGAGCAGGAAAACGAGAAGCAACAGGAACCAACUGCUGAAGAUAGGGUGUCUAAGUUACAAGUAGAAGCAAGCAGUAAGGAGGAGAUCACUGAUCCUGCUCCGAGUGAAAUCGCCGACUCUUCCACAACUAUCCGUUCACAAACUGUCAGCGAACCUGACCCAUUCAAAAAGUUUCAAGAUAUAAGACAUCAAGAUUUUGGGGAGAUUGUGUUUCGAAAAACUAAAAAAUCGAAGAAGAAAGCAAACAAAGAUUCUGUCCACAAAACAACUUCAGAGCCCCCUGAUGAUACGAAAGAUCAGCCGGCCGCAAGUGAUGCUCCAAGCGAUGUCACUGACUUCUCCCUACCUCCUGCACCGGAUUACAGUCAAGAUUCUCUUGACCUGGUGGACCCUGCUUCAAAAAGACUGUCCAACAUCUCGUCGGAUUUCGACUCUGGUGAAAGAAGUAGUGCAACGUCCUCUGGACAUUACCAAGACUCAGGCGGAGAGGGAGAGGACGCUUCUGCGCAGCCUCAUUUAAUGAUUGUUCACGUUACUAAAGAAGGCACGCAGGAAAAACAUGAAGUCCACAUUGACUCCCGUUAUACCACAUGCGUGACGCAAGAAAAUUCGAGUAUUGAGGAGCAUAGUGCGACUUCUCCAAACAGUUGCGUGACAGACGCAGACAUCGGUAAUGCUCCAGAAGAUGAGGUGACGUUGGAACAGACGGAUGAACUCAGUGCAUCGCCUUCUUCUGCCAAUGUUUCUGAAGACACAUUAUCAGUUGACAACAGUUUGGGAAUGGAUUCUGUGUCUCUGUCGACAAGCACAGUGAUGGAAGACACUGAAGACGUUACGCUAAGCCCAGAAAAGUCCUUCAGCACCGACUACUUGCCAGAUAUUUACUCAAACACACCGAUGAACAUCUCCGACGCUACGUUCUCGGAUGGUUCGGUGGAGAGAUCGCAUCGUUCAAAAACCCGGUCAAAGAUCGGAUCAUCGUCUUCACUGAAAGCUGGCAGUGAUGCUCAAACAGACUCCGAAGGCACGCCCCCUGUGUCCCUCGACUCGGAGGGUGCUGAAGAGCUCAGCGACGCUGCCUCAUGGCCCCGGACUCUCUCAGAGAGGACCAUGAGCGAUCUUGAAAUAGUGAACCAUGAGGAUGCACCUCCUCUUGAAAGGUCCCCAUCUACUAGCUCCGGCUCCUCGCUGCCACGGUCCCCAGGUUCGACUAAGCAAGGGCUGCGUCUACUCGCGGACAGCUGGGCGGAAUACUACGCACCGGGGCAGGGGUACUUCCAGUUUGUUGCUGUCUCCGACACCCAUAUUUGGUGCGUGACAACUAAUGACCAUAUCUAUUACUGCCCCACCCAUUUCUCUGUUGUGACGUGGACUCAGCUCAGGGGCUCGGCGAGAAUGAUAGCUGUCAAUGACACCGGGGACGUUAUUUGGUGUAUUGACCGCAAGAAUUACGCGCACGCUCGAACAGGAGUAAACGCGAAUCGUUUAACAGGAAAGAAAUGGCAGCCAGUGGAGAAGGACAUGCGUUACGUGACUGUUGAGAGGUCAGCGGUGUGGGGAAUAAAGUUGAAUGGUGAUGUUUUCGUGAGAACAGAGGUUUCGAGGGAUAGCCCGACAGGCAAGGGAUGGCGGACUAUACAGACUGACACCAGAUUCAUGCAGGUGUCUUGUUUUGAUGGGAUGGCUUGGUUCUUGGACAGGACAAACAACAUUCACGUGUACAAAGAUGAGAACUCUUCGAGUCCCUCACAGAAAACCAACUGGGAGACACUGCAAGAUGUUUCCGCAAAGUGGGUUUGUCUUGGUAUCGAGGGAGUGGCGUGGAUUGUUGACACGAAGGGAUCCCUUUGGUUUACUAACGUCAACCGGGACAAUCCAACGGGCGACACGUGGUACCAGGUCUCUCUCGGCCAGUACUUGAUGCAAAACCGUAGCUUACUCGAGACGCUGUGGUCCUGGGUUCUACGAGGAGAUGACAUCAAAUUAUUAACCGCGAGCCCGAGAGCAGGAGUCUGGUUGUUAGACAGUGGUGGCCGUCUUCAGGCUUCGCAUGGCCACCUUCUGGGAACUCGGUGGGAUUCCAUAACACCGCAAGGCGUUGCAAAGUCUGUGUUCUGGUCGUAUCUCUCCGCAGGAUCAUACAGGGGUGACACGAGUCACGUGUGGGCUUUGCAACCCAAUGGAGAGCUGAUCUGCUUCCAGCCGGGAAGUCACCCGCUUAUUGUUGAACCCCCGCAUGGUAAGGUAUUAAAACUCAUAUCGGCAUCGGGUUCUAAUCUUUGGGCGAUCACGCACAAUUUCAAAGUCGUACAACGCUUGGGAAUUUCCGGCGCUUGCCCGCAAGGGUUCGGAUGGGUGGACUUGUCACUUCGUCAGUUCGGCGUGGGUAAGGUUUACCACCUGAGCUGUGGCGCGCUUAGCACCUGGGCAGUAGAUGACACGGGGAAUGUCUGGUUAAGGAUAGGAAAGGAAGAUUCCUCGGACCCUACGGUCACCCAGGCCUGGAUCCCUGUCGAUGGGAAUCCCCUACCUGGAUGUCGUUUUGCUAAGGUGGCCGUAAGCCCAGCGGAUCGCGUCGUCUGGGCAGUAGACGAUCGUAACAAUGCAUAUGCGCGCCGCGAUGUCACGCCAAGCUUUCCUAUAGGUACCUCUUGGGAGGUGGUACCUGGCACGGGAGUGCGUGACUUGGCUAUCAGUGAACACAUGGUUUGGGCCACUUGCCCCGGUGGUGAUGUCGUCUGUCGUUACGGGGUCAGCGAGGAUAACUGCGUAGGACAUUACUGGAAGAAAGUUCCUGGGAAUUUUGAGCUGAUCUCUGUCACACCGGAUGAUGAGCUUUGGGCUGUCGAUCAAAACGGUCAGCUGUUUCUGCGCAAAACUCGGCAUUUUUAUGGAACCCAGUCGCCCUUCAGGCCUCGGACAUACAGCGCGUUGUUUUCUGGAGAAGAAGAUUGGGAAUUUAUAUAAUAAGAAUAAUUGUAAUGACUCGAGACAUGUCACAUUUAACUUUUUGUAGAUGAAAUUUAAUUAUGAUUUAGUAAUUCAGAGAUGUAAAAUAGACGAAGUUUCUUGUGAGAUGAUCCAAACCAAUAGAGUUAUUUAAAGACUUGGACUCAUGUGACAUACCUUCACCUUACACAUUACGUGGUUCAUGCAUUGCUCGUGAACAGGGAGCUUUAUCACGUGAUAAAUGUCCAGGAAAAGUCGGUGUUCCACGUGACCACGUUUGACCAGAAAAAAAAAAAGAGCAAAAACAAAUGGUAGGGAAUUGUAAAAGAUAUCCUGUACGCUCUGAAGGAAAGAAAAAAUAUAUCAAGGGUCAAGAUUUUAAAAUUUUGUAAGAAAAAAGAAAUUAUUCUUCAACAGUCUCUAGACUCGGUUUUAAUUCGUUUUACCGUUGGUUUAUAUAUUUUUUUGCUAUAUAAAAUUCCAACGACGCGAAUCAAAGUGAAUGCCUGGUGGCACGAACUUUUCGUUAUUAGUUUCGUAUCAUCUGUUUUAUGUUAACGGUGUAAAUUUAUCGCGUGCUUAACUGCGGAUAGUUAAAUGAAAGAGAUCUUGGUGUAGGGAAAGCUAGAAGGAAACUAAGGUUGUAGGGUUUUCUUUUUAACUUCUUAUGUAAUUCAGUGUGAAAAUCUUCUUCAUUUGUCUUUGGAAUGAGACACUAUGCCUUAGUGGUAUAAUCGGCUUAAAAAACUUGUUUUUGCUUUACGUUAGAUUACUUUUGAGAUUUCAGAUCUGCUCAGACCCAUAUUGGGGACCCGAGGUCCGUUAAUUAUGGUAUAUAAUAAGGCUUGUAAGAAUGAUUAGUUCGGUCGCCAACGAAUAUCAAGUGGGAUAAAGACUCACAGUUGUAUUUGAA